GCGUGAGCUGGUACGGCCUAUGGGGAAUGCCAAUCAGGAAAUUUCGAAGCAGACUCCAAAAGCGUGAACUCUCCUAAAAAACUUUCUUCGGAUGAGAUAGAAUUGCAAGAACGGAUGGAAAUCGAAGAGGACGCAGAGGACGAGAAGGGAAUCGAAGAGAGUUCGACGAGCCAUCGUCCUGGCUUACAGAAUGAUUUGAUGGAUCUUGAUCUGAAUCUGCCAGCUGAGGAGGCACAGAAUGAAAUCCAGUUUCAAUAUCAUCCCCAAUUCAAUGCUAAGUUUCUCGAGAUUCAAACAGAAAACGUUCAACUAGUUCAUAACAGGGCACAUGAUGUUUUUUCAAAUCUGAUUGUGCUAGAUGAGGAGGAUUUACAUGAAACAGCGUUUCCAGAUCAUCCCCGAUUCAGCGGAAGGUUUCCCGAGAAUCAAACAGAAAACAACCUAAUGAUGAGAUACACCACUGAAGAGAAGGGCAAGGCCAAAAUUGACGAUUAUCAGGUCUUGAUUGAUACUAAUGAUGGUAAGACGAUUAUUAUUCUUGAUUCGGAUGAUGGAGAAGAAGAAAUUGAAAACCAAGGCACAGACAACUUAAACCUAAACCUUGGCCUCGAGCAGAAUGUGGACUUCAUGGAGCUUGAUCUCUUUAAUGAUGGCGUAAGGGAUAAUACUGAACCUGUGGAAGUUGUGCCACCGGAAGUUUUGGCUCGGAGGGCUUGGCAUUUGGAAUGGGAGAAGCAGGGGAGAGUUCAGACAGCACGAAGACUUGCACUUCCCGAAGAGCAGAGUGACGACGAACCGCAGGAAAAGAAACUACUACCAAGGGAAAAUCAUGAUGAAACCAGUGAAUCUCCUUUUUCAAUAGCAAUGGAGUCAAUUAAGAAGCGGAAUUCGAUCAGAAAACCACAGUUGAAAUGGGUGCCUAAAAAUAAUAAGGGGUCUUCUAAUAUCAAGAGACGCAAUAUUCCUUCUCUUUUGGAACUUAGUUUGAAUGCUCUUGCUGAGAACUCUGAGGCAAUUGUGUCGCUUAAACUUGUCCCAGAUUCAUUGAGGCACAAACUUAGUCAGCGAGUAUGUGAUUCCAGGAAAAUGGAUGCUCAGUUUUUUGAACUUCUUACAAGGGAAUCCCCAACUGAAAUACGUGUAAAGAAUAGUUCGCAGAUAACUGAAGAGGAGCUCACCAGAAUCUUUCUUAAUUGUGACACUCAGAAGUUGACUGUGCUACAACUUGACCUUUGUGGACAAUGUGUGCCUGAUCAUGUCUUAGGGAACACCAUAGCCCGGUCACAAGGCAGCCUUCCUUCCUUACUUACCAUCUCUCUAAGGGGUGCAUAUCGUUUAACAGAUGAUGGCCUACCUUCAAUAGGUGUUUCUGCUCCUGUGCUCCAAUCCAUAAGUCUGACCCAGUGCUCAUUUCUCACCUUUCGUAGCAUCAACCUUGUGAAAUUUUAUUUUGAAUCUAGCUUGAGGGAGCUGUGCAUAGAUUAUUGUGGGAACAUUGACGCGAUGAGAAUUUUACCUGCCCUGAAGGAAAUCAAACAUCUAGAAGUGUUGUCAGUGGCAGGCAUUGAGACUGUUUCUGAUGAUUUUGUUGUUGGAACAGUUGAAGCAAUUGGCCGAAACUUGAAGGAGCUUGUUUUUGCUAAUUGUGUGGCAUUGACUGAUAUAUCAGUUAAACUCAUCGGGGAAAACUGUUCCAAACUCUAUUCUCUUGAUCUUUCGUACUUGGAUAAGUUGACUGAUUCAGCGCUAAAAUAUCUUGCCAAUGGUGGUUGUUCAAUUCGUAAACUCAACCUUUGGCACAAUCGUUUCAGUGAUGAAGCAAUUGCUGCUUUUCUGGAAGUCUCCGGCCAAUCUCUGCAUGAACUUUCUCUGAAUAAUGUUAGAAUGGUCGGUAUCAACACUGCCAUAUCAAUUGCCAAAUAUUCUAAAAAUUUGUCGACUUUGGAUUUGUCGUGGUGCCGCAAACUAUCGGAUGAGGCAUUGGGAUCUAUUGUAGACAGCUGCGAAUCUUUGAGGCUACUCAAAUUAUUUGGGUGUUCCCAGAUUACAAAUGUGUUUCUGGAGGGCCACUCUAACUCCCUGGUGCAAAUUGUUGGAUUGAAAACUACACCGUUUCUGGGACAUUUGGAUUCAACUCAAAUCCAGGAGGCUCCAUUGCGCUAUCCGCCCUCACCUGAUCACCAAAAUUUGGAUCAACCAGAUAGUUGACUCUAUGGGGCAACUUCCCUUUUACUGCUUUGGAGAGGAAAAGCUCUCUCUCGGUAUUUAUUCUCUUCAGGAUGCACCCGCUUUUCUACCGUCAAUACAAAAGAAAGGAAAUAAAACAUUCAUCUCAUUGUGAUUGCCAAAUAGAAGAGCUUCAGUUCUACCAAACAUUCUUUGGCGAAUUGACACAAGAUGUGGAAUUCACCGAAAUAAUACAUUAUGGAUCAAAUGUUACUUAUUAUACUGGGUCUUUUUUUUUUUUUUUUUUUUUGGGAUC